AGGAAAAUGUGAAGAGGGUAAAAGACUUUCCCUAUAUGCGACUCAUGCUUUCACCUCACUAGUUUCCCAAAUGUUCGCAUUUGCAGUCUGCGCGAAGCGUUCACUCGAGUCACUUUGGCGAGCUGUAUUUUGAAAAGGAUUUCUUCAAGGUCCCUGCGCGAACAGAACAUUCAAACUCAGAAAGAAACUGGAGCUUUACACUGCUGCUAACGUUUUGGAGAUUUCUUCGUACUUUUACGCAUUCAAGGAAGCUGAGGCAAAGAGAGAAUGCAGGCGCGCUACUCGGUCUCCAGUCCCAACUCUCUGGGCGUUGUGCCUUACAUUAGCAGUGACCAGAGCUACUACCGGGCCGCGGCCGGCGGUGGAUACACCGGUAUGCCUGCGCCCAUGAGCAUGUACUCUCAUGCGGCUCACGACCAGUACCCGGCUAGCAUGGCCCGGGCUUAUGGACCGUACACCCCUCAGCAUCAGCCCAAAGACAUGGUCAAACCCCCCUACAGCUACAUCGCUCUCAUCACCAUGGCUAUACAAAACUCACCGGACAAAAAGGUGACCCUGAACGGGAUUUAUCAGUUUAUCAUGGAGAGGUUUCCAUUCUAUCGAGACAACAAACAGGGCUGGCAGAACAGCAUCCGGCACAAUCUUUCCCUCAACGAGUGCUUUGUCAAAGUGCCCCGGGACGAUAAGAAACCCGGCAAGGGCAGCUACUGGACCCUGGACCCAGAUUCCUACAACAUGUUCGAAAACGGGAGCUUUCUGCGACGACGGAGACGGUUCAAAAAGAAAGACGUACAGAAGGACAAAGAUGACCGGGAAAGGCCGGGAAAAGACCCAGCUGGGCGCACACCAGGCCGAGAUCAGGAGCCGUCCGGCCAGGGCACACAGCCCGUGCGCAUUCAGGACAUCAAAACGGAGAACGGGACCUCGACCCCGCCACAAGCAGCGUCACCCACCCUAAGUACCGUGCCCAAGAUCGAGAGUCCUGACAGCAGCAGCAGCAUGUCCACGGGAAGCCCACACAGCGUGCCCUCUGCUCGGUCUCUCAGCAUGGACGGGCCCGAGCAUCACCACCAUGCCCAAGCCGCAGCGCAGGGCUUCAGCGUGGAUAACAUCAUGACCUCUCUUAGGGGUUCGCCUCAGGGCACCACGGAGCUCACGUCGCCUCUCGUAGCAUCCUCUCGAACAGGUAUACCACCAUCUCUGUCACUUAACUAUUCUCCCAACCAGGCGUCCGCCUACAGCUCAGUACCCUGUAAUCAAAACACCAUCUCCACAAACUCUAACGCGACUUACCAUUGCAACAUGCAAGCCAUGAGCUUGUACGCAGGGGACCGUGGAGGCCACCUCGCGCCUUCCACUACCGUGGACGAGAACCUGCCCGACUAUUCAAUUUCCACAACAACAACUUCCCCCCUUGCGCACGGCAACCUGAGUACGGGCCAAGACGGCCACCACUCUCAUCAGGGCCGACUCACGUCCUGGUAUGGGGACCUAAGUCAUCUGGGCACAAGCUACCCACCCCAACAGCAGAACUUCCAUUCGGUGCGCGAGAUGUUUGAAUCACAGAGGAUCGGUUUGAAUAACUCUCCAGUCAACGGGAAUAAUAGCUGUCAGAUGGCCUUUCCCACCGGCCAGUCCAUCUAUCGCACUCCGGGAGCUUUUGUUUAUGACUGCAGCAAGUUUUGAAAGAACGAUGCUCAACUUAAAUGAACAACUUUAAUAUAUAAUUUCCUUUUUUUGUACUCUAACUGCCCCACGGUCCUCCAUUCUCCCCGAAUGGAAAUAAGAUUCAAAGAGAUUUGCUCUGUUUGUGAGGCGUGUUUAACACCGAAUAACACGUAAGUUUUUCUCUCCCUUGGAGAACUUUGUUUAAAAAAAUGCUUUACCCUCUACAUUAUGUAAAGUUGUGAAUUGUAAAUGACAUAGCCUAUAGUAACUUAUUAUUUUAGUAAAGGGAGUGGUUGGACGUUGUGGACCAAACAACAGAAGUGUUUCCAAAUUGAGCUGCCUUGAAUUGUUCUGUAAUUGUUCUUUAAGUAAAAAGAGGGAAACUUGUAGUAUACCAACUUAUUAUAAUAAAUUUGUGUCCUAUUUGGUAAAAGUAUUUUGAAGGCAUUGCAUUGUUUGUUUAAUAAAGUGCCAUUCUAUUUGAUUUCAA